CUAGAGGCUGAGCGGCCUGUGGUAAGGGGGAAGCCUGCGGCCUCUGGUGUUAGGUGAGGCCGUUGGAACGGGGGCCGUGGCUGUCCUACGGCAGGCUCACUUGGGAGCAGCGGGUAGCCAACCUAUCCCCGGGAGUGGGGCUGGUCUGCGGGGAGGAGGUUCCUGACUGGCAUCGGCCCGUCUCUCCUCAGCACCGAUCAGCGCCCCCAGCCUGGUGUUUUCCAAUGAGCUGGUCUGGGGAGGCUGGUCGGGCUGCUGCAACCGGGCGCCUUGUGACAGUCACCGCGUCGUGACAUGAUGCUGCCGAGCUAGCCGUAGAGUAGCGUCCAGGGCCGCUGUAAUCACGUCUGGGAAAGGUGGGGUCGGCCCCUCAAAGGUGGAGGCAAGCUACAUUAACCAAAAUAGGAUCUAUCUAGGUUUUUGUUUUGUUUUGUUUUUUUGAAGAAUUUGUUUCCAACCUGAUAGUUAUCUUAAGGAAUUCUGAUUAUUCUUCAACCUUGUUUAUCAUUAUGGCUCUAUCUUUUAAAUUGCUGGACAGUAUCUCUCUUUCUAGUAGGUGCCAUAGGCAAAAUGCCUUGCAUCCUUUGCUUGGACCUCUCCUCACUGAUUGCAUCUCAAAAUUGUACAGUAGCUAUAGGAGACCAGGGACAUCCCCUGAUAACACUCCACCUUGGAAGAUGAAUUUCAGCUUUGAGAAGGGAGUGGAUGGAAUUAAGAAGCAUUUUGGUGUCCUAAAAAAGGAGUUGGUGGAUCACUGGAAAGGCCCUGAGGGCUAUCGUUUAGACGAGUACUUGUUGGAACAGACUAGAGUGGUCUGGGAGUUUCGCAGCCAGAAAGAUUUAGAUGAAUGGGUGAUUUCUUCUGAUGUAGAGAUCGGAGGGAAAAGUGAAGCCUACCUAAAACUGGGUAAAAAUAAUCAAACUGCUCUGCUGUAUGGGACCCUCAAUACUGAAGCACCUCGUGAUGGGGAGACAGGAUACAGUGGAUAUUGCGCAAUGAGAGCCAAGCUGCCAAAGGGAGCGUUUGAAACAAAGAAGUAUUAUGAUUGGUCAAACUUCAAUAGUCUGUAUUUACGCAUUCGUGGUGAUGGUCGACCCUGGAUGAUAAACAUCUAUACCAACCCAUACUUCUCCCAUCAAAAGGAUGACCUGUACAAUUACUUCAUAUUCACCCGAGGGGGUCCAUACUGGCAGGAAAUUAAGAUUCCAUUCUCCAAGUUUUUUCUCUCAAGUCGGGGGAGAAUCCAGGAUGAUCAGCACCCACUCUGGUUAGAUAAGGCAACUCCUAAGCAGUACCUCUGGAGGCGGGCAGGAGUUCAGUCAAUUGCAACACAGCUCUGCCAAAUCUAGCAUCAUCUCUGGUCUACUGGGUAAUGGCGUAAUACGUGGUGAACGUGUGUACCAAAGACCAGCUUGCAGCCCUGCAGAUGUCCUGGACAGGGCCAUGACCAGGAAGGUAGCUGAAGACACUUGAGCUCUAGUAGAGUGAGCCUUCACUAUUGGUGGUGGCACAGCCUGUGCCAACUUGUAACAAGUGCAGAUGCAGGUGGUAAUCCAGUCUGAAAUCAUCUGAGAGGACACCGGAAGGCCCUUCAUCCUAUCAGCGAUCACAGUAAAGAGCUGAGUCAAUCUGUGGAAGGGCUUGGUGCACUCCAAGUAGAAAGCUAGGGCACACCCAACAUCUAGAGUGUGCAGGCAUCUCUCCUUGUUGGUCGUGUGAGACUUUGGACAGAACACUGGGAGGAAGAUAUCCUGACUGACAUGGAGGUGCGACACCACCUACAGCAGGAAGGCCUGAUAGGGUCACAGCUGAACAUUGUCCUUGUAGAAUACCGUAUACGGGGGCUCCGAAGUGAGGGCUUUAAUCUCGGAGACUCAACUUGCUGAAGUAAUGCCGACAAGGAAUGCAACCUUCCACAACAGGAGCAGGGGGAACAAAAAGCCAUAGAUUCAAAGGGUGGACCUGUGAACCUGGAGAGGACCAGGUUAAAAAGUCCCAUAGGGGAACCAGGCUGGAAAGUCUUUUAAGAACCUGAUAAUCAUCUCAUGUGAUAAUACAGAUCUACCCUGGACACAGGGAUGGAAGGCCAAUAUGGCUGCCAAGUGCACCUUGAUUGAGGAAAAGGUGAGGCCCUGGUGCUUCAAGUGAAGCAGGUAAUCCAGAUGGGCCUGUAGGGACGACUGGGUCAGGAAAGAUAUUCCAUUCUGACUCCCAGCAGGAGAAAUGCUUCCUCUUUUCCAGGUAAAUUGCUCUGGUGGAGUGCUUUCUGCUCUCCAAGAGAGCCUGCUGUACCUGAUUAGAGCAGGCUUGUUCCUCUAGGUUCAGCCACACAGCAGCCAAGCUGUGAGGUGAAGAGCGGCGAGAUUCGAGUGCAAGAAUUGACCGUGAUCCUGGGAGACAGGUCCGGGCGGUUUAAAGUGACCAGGUCCAUGAGCAUGCCGAACCAAUGCUGGUACAACCAUGAUCUAUGCCUUGGUCCCUCUUGAUCUUCAAGAGAACCUUGCUCAUGAGUGGAAUCGGCAGGAAGGCAUACAUCAGGUCAGCUGACCACAACAGGAGAAAGGCAUCAGAAAGUUAGCCUCUGCCUAGGCCUUGCAGAGAGCAGAAUUGAUGACACAUUCUGUUCUGUCUUGUGGCAAACAGGUCCACUCGGGGAGCUCCGCACUUCUGGGAGAGCAUCCUGACUACUUCCGAGUGAAGGGACUACUCAGGGUGAGAGAAGAAGGGGACUACUCAGGCUGAGAUGAUCCGCCAGCGUGUUCAGGACGCCAGGGAGGAGCGAGGCUUCCAGGUGGAUUGCAUGCUAAAUACAAAAGUCCCAUAGACAGGGGGCUUCUUGACACAGAGCCAGUGAAUAUGCUCCCCCCUGCCUGUUGACAUAGAUGAUGGAGGCUGUGUUGUCUGUCAACACCUGCACCACCCGAGCAGACAGCUGGGGAAGGAAGACUCUACAAGCCACGUGGAUGGCUCUGAGUUCUCUGGCAUUUAAAUGUAACAUGAGAUCCUCCCGAGACCAUAAUCCCCGAGUCUGCAGUGCAUAGAGAUACGCUCCCCAACUGAGGUCAGACGUACCUGAAAUCAGGGAGACUGUGGGUUGUGGGCUUGCAAAUGGCACACCUUCCAUUACCAGAGUUGGAUCGGACCACUACUGCAGGAAGGUAAAUACAUGUGUGGUGGGACUGUGACAAUCUUGUCCAGGUGAUAUCUGGCCAGGGAGUAGACUGACACCAGCCACAUCUGGAGGGGAGGCAGCCUGAGUCUUACGUGACGAAUAACAUAUGUGCAAGCUGCCAUGCGCCCCAGUAGUCUGAGGCAGACCCAGGCAGUGGCGAGCAGAUGGGCCAUGAUGCUGGCAAUCAGAUCUGCCAUUGCCCUGAAUCUGGUCUCUGGCAGGAAUGCUCUGGUUUGGAUAGAGUAGAGUAUCACUCCAACAAAUUCUAUCCUUUGAAUCGGGAUUAAUGUUGAUUAUUGUUCAUUUAUCAACAGGCCUAAAGCUUGGCAAGUGGCCCACAACUUCUCAACAUUAUGCUGGACCUGGAGCGGCCCUUGAUGAGCCAGUCGUUGAGGUACUGGUAGAUCUGGAUACCUUGACGUCUGAGGUAGGCCGCUACCACCGACUUGCACUUCGUGAAUACCCUUGAUGCCUUUGCUAGGCCAAAGGGGAGCAUGACAAAUUGGUAGUGACUGGUCCCAACUACAAAAUGUAGGAACUGUCUGUGUCCCUGAAAUAUUGACAUGCGAGUAGGCAUCUUUCAGGUCAAGGGCGACGUACCAGUCUCCCAGAUCCAGGGAAGAAAUGAUGGAGGCCAGGGAUACCAUGCGGAACUUCAAUUUCUUGAGAUACUUAUUGAGGCCCUGCAGGUAGAGGAUGGGGCAUAGACCCCCUUUGGGAUUAAAAAAAAAAAAAAAAAAGAUUGUGGGAAUAAAACCCUUUUCCCCUUAAGUGCAGAGGAACAUCUUCUACCGCUCCCACCUGCAGAAGGCCCUGCACCUCCUGAGCGAGUAGAUGCCUGUGAGAAGAGUCCCUGAAGAGGGGGAUAGAAAUAAAAUGAAGGGUAUACCCCCCUGCUACUGUACUGAGGACCCACUGGUCCAAUGUUAUAGAGUUCCAGGCAGGGAGGAAGAGAGACAGGCGGUUGUAAAAAAGAAA